AUGGGAUGCAUUGGUGUUGAUAAAAUCACUGAAUACCUGUGUGAUCCCCUUCAGAGGUGUCUCAAGCAUGAUGAUCCGUAUGUUCACAAGACAGCAGCAAUUUGUGUUGCUAAACUUUAUGACAUAAACGCUGGGCUUCUUGAGGGUAGAGGGUUUCUGGAAGCUCUCAAGGAUUUAAUAUCAGACAACAAUCCAAUGGUUGUAGCAAAUGCUGUUGCAGCUCUUGCAGAGAUUCAAGAGAACAGUAGCAGACCCAUAUUGGAGAUAGCUAGCCACACACUUUCAAAGCUGCUUACUGCUCUAAAUGAAUGCACCGAUUUGACAUUGUGGAAUUUGCCUGGUGGUGCAUUGUCCUUAUUAGAUUGGUUGUAUGUGGCUAAUGCUGAUGAUGCUCGUGAAGCUGAAAAUAUUGUGGAGCGAGUUACUCCACGACUUCAACAUGCAAAUUGUGAAGUUGUUUUGUCAGUUGUUAAGAUGAUCCUUCAACAAAUGGAACUCAACCCGAGAUUCAGUAUGUUGCCUUAUGGAACAUACCUUAUUGUGCAAAGAAAGCCCACAAUCCUUGCCCAUGAAAUCAAGGUGUUUUUCUGCAAAUACAAUGAUCCAAUUUACGUGAAGAUGGAAAAGAUUGAAAUCAUGAUAAAACUUGCUUCAGACCAAAGUAUAGACCAGGUGUUGUUGGAGUUCAAAGAGUAUGCUACAGAAGUUGAUGCAGACUUUGUUAGAAAAGCUGUUCGUGCUAUUGGAUGCUGUGCAAUCAAGUUGGAGAGAGCAGCUGAGCGGUGCUUUAGUGUUUUACUUGAGCUGAUUAAGAUUAAAGUAAAUUAUGUCGUUCAAGAAGCUAUUAUUGUGAUCAAAGAUAUUUUUAGGAGAUAUCCUAACACCCAUGAGUCCAUCAUUGCUACGCUUUGUGAGAGCUUAGACACUUUGGAUGAGCCAGAGACUAAGGCAUCAAUGAUCUGGAUAAUUGGUGAAUAUGCUGAAAGAAUUGAUAAUGCUGAUGAGCUUCUUGAAAGCUUUUUGGAGAGUUUUCCUGAAGAACCUGCUCAAGUCCAGUUGCAGUUACUUUCCACAACAGUCAAACUUUUUCUUAAGCAGCCAACUGAAGGUCCACAGUAG